CUUUCUUUUUUCCUUUUUUCUCUUCUUUCUUUCUUUGUUUCUGUAUGUUGAAAUACUAACAUUUUCAAACGGAUGGACACUUCUAUUCAUUCUUUCUCAACGCAUGCAUUAUUCAAACAACCUAUUGUUAUCACGCAUUUAGUUUCUAUGGUUAUUGCAUUUCUCGGUUGUUAUCCUCUGUUACUAACACGACAAUUACGUAAACGAAAAGUAGCCAUCAUUGGUCUAUCCUGUAUAUUUUGCACUAUUGGAUUUAUUACUGGAUAUUUCAUUCAAACAAAACAAGACACUGCAUCACUCGUGUUACAUAUUUUUGGAUUCAUACUUUUGUGCCUUGUCAUCACACAAUGUAUAUUUCAUUUUUUGAUUAAACCAACAAAAUGGGUUGAUCUCAUCUUGGGUUGGGCUGCUUUGAUAGUCGCAUUUUGUUAUUUAGUGAUCUCCGCGGUUGUAUUUACGGACAGUUGCCAGAACGACAUGGGAUCACAGUGCUUUAUGCCUUUAGCCAUGGGAAUAGGAUUCUUGAUGUACGGCUCAUUUACUUUAUUGCAUUUAUUGGCAAUCAUUAAAUUACCGCGACCAGCUACUCCAGAAUAUUAUGAAAGUGUGAUCAUCACAUUAUGGGGGUUAAUUUCUCUAAUUUUGUCAGAUACAAACAUACUAGGAACGGAAUGGAAGGCUAUCAACCUCGGCUUGCUUUGGUUUACAGGAGGCCUAUUCUCCAUCAGUCUAAGUGUUCAGGCCUGGAUACCAGCAGUUCGCGAAAGGAAUAUUGUCAAUAGUCUGAUCAUUUGUUUAACUGGAAGAGCCAUCAUUUCAGGGUUGAAGCAGAUAGAAAAAGACACCUAUAUAGCUAAAGUACAUACCAUGUUGGGAUACAUAUUAAUCGUUGGAUCGAUGACUCGCCUCAUUCAAAUCAUAUUCCGCAAAUCACCGACAGAAAAUUUGCCUCGAAGUAUGCUACGCGAGCAUCAUUUGAUACAGGAUGAAGAAGUGUUGGAUAUAGAAGACGAUGAUUUGAAUUUGGAUAAUAGCAAACAGAAAAGGUGUAAACACAGAUCGAUAUUUGCUUCUAUUACCCUUGUCAGCGGUCUCUUAGCGUCAAUUCUGUCAAUAUCAGCGGGUAUAUUAUUCAUGGGCGCAAAUACAGGAUGGCUCGGUUAUAUGCAAUACUAUAUCAAGGAUCCAUCACUUUAUAUCAAUAUCACCUUGGCGUUUGCUUUUCUGUGGUUAUCUUACAUAUUUGGUCUGUGUACUAUUUAUAGACGAUUAAAGUCCAAGAAUGCAAUACUAGAGCAGUAUGAGUACCUCGAAUUAAGCAGCGCACAGACAGAAAGAAUGCAGGAACAGCAGCAGCCAAUGACUAUUACCACACAUACCCCUAUACUCAGCUCUCCCCCUGUAUUCUCGCCUAUUGACGUGAUAGCACAGCGUUCGCCUAUUGUAGAACAAGAACAUGCUACACAUCAUGAAAAGACGAUGCGACCCUCAGAAUAUCGUGCUAAACGUAGAUCCCUUCUUGUCCAGUCACCCACUUAUGAAACUGUCGUGACCUCGAUCAGACCCAAAUCAUCCGUUACAUUUGGAGUUGGAGGCGUGUUACCCGAUGAAGUGAUUGUACAUGACAACAGACGAUCAUGGAUAUCAUCUUCUGGAUCUUCAUAUAGCUCUGGAUCCAAUUCACCUUCAUUUGAACAUAGAAUAAGAAGAGAUAGUUUAAAUGAAUUGAUGGAUGAAGAAGGAAGAAGAUAAAUACCCCCUCAAUAGCCUAUCUUCUUUUCCCUUUAAUAAACAUGAUUGUAC